UCAUGUCCUUGCAGAGAAAUGGCUUUUCCCGAUGAUUGAUUUUGCCCAUGUACUCCUGAGAGCCGAUCAUUGAAUGGAGACUUUUAAAAAUAUGUUGUUGCAACAUAUCUAUUGUCACAAUGGAGAUAGGAUCAACUUUCUAAAUACAACGACAGGCAAAUUCUUAACCAGUGUGUUAAAGCUUCAAAAAGACAAUAGAAAUGCAGAGAGAAGGUGAUUUAAUUCAAAGACUGUCAACUUUAUCAUGGGUCACAAGUUUGUUUUAGAGAGGUUGUGUCCUUUCUGAACUAAUGAUUGGACAAAGAUCUCAUUCUGCAGAUGAUACAGUGUUUAUAUGACAGUGCUGUGACAGCAGUUCUAUUUUGCAACAUGGAAAACCAACGGAUUACUUCAAAGAGGAUCGUGGAAAAUUUUACCUAAUUAGAAAACAUUAUUCAGAUGGAAGUAAAAAGGCCAAAAAGCAGCCGAGGCAGGGCUAAGUCUGCUACUGCAAAUAACAGAGGCCAGUUAAGGAUGGGGAAAGGUAAACCCCAAAAUGGCCCCACUAAAGUGGCCUUUAACAAGGAUCCUCUGGCAGUGCCUCGUCCCCACGUACCUGAGAGGCAGAACCUAAUUUCACAGACAGACAUGGUGAUCAACUCUCCACCAAAUGACCAACUCCAGAGGCUUCUAAAAGAGAAACCUGAUAUUCAUCCAAACACUAGAGACUUCUUUGACCUAAUGAUAGAACGUCAAUAUAGUAAGAUUAAGAAGAUGCUUAAAGAGGGAAAAGUGGACGUAAACUCUCGUGAUACUGACAAUCAUUUACUUCCGACUCCGUUACUUAUUGCUACAGAACUCAACGAUGUAGAGCUUGUAAAGUUACUACUGAAAGCAAAGCCAAAACCUGCCAAUGUUAAUGAUGAAAACAUCAAAGGAAGAAGACCCAUCUGGUGGGCAGCUAGAUGGGCCAAUGAAGAAAUCACAGAUCUGCUACUGAACUGCAGUAAACAGAAAUGUGAAGUCAAUUUUGUUGAUAAAGAGUCAGGAUGUGCUCCCCUUUACAGAGCCAUUUUGUCCAAUGCUGUCAAAAUAGUCCAGCUUCUGAUUCACGCUGGAGCGGACAUAAAUCUCAGGAUUCUAGGACUAGGUGUUGGUGCUGAAACUCCCCUAAUCAAAGCUAUUCAAAAGGACAACAAAGAAAUUUGUGAGUUGCUUAUAAAUUCUCUUUGCAAACUACAUGCCAAAACAACAAGUGGACUGAAUGCCUUACAUUAUGCUGUAGCAUAUCGUAGAUAUGAUAUCUGUGAACUCUUGCUGGAAAAUGGAAUCAAGAUCAACUCCAAGAGCCCAUCUGGAGUGACUGCCAUGACAGUUGCUGUGGAGCAGCAGAUUCCUGCAAUGGUGAAAUUACUUCUGGAGUAUGGUUAUCGCAUAGACAAAAAGUACAAAUGGAAAGAGACCCCUCUCCAACACGCCAUUAAUAUUCAUUCUGAGGAAUGUGCAGUUACUUUGAUUCAUUAUGGUUGUAGUUUGGUCCCUGAUGCAAAAUGGAGAGGACCAUCAUACUUUUUCAUGGCUGUAAAUGAAAAUCAGAUGAAGGUACUCAAAUUCAUGGUGGCAUUAAAACCAACAUUUCUCAAUGAAAAAUGGCUACAGCGAAAAAAGUGGCCUGUUUCUAUAUACAGAAGGCCAGAUAUAAUUGAGUGGUUAGAAAAAGAAUCUCAACGAGUGCAAUCUCUUAAGGAACUUUGCCGUGGACGCAUCUUUCAUUAUCUUGGUAAAUUUGGCAUUAAAAAAAUAGACAGUCUUCAGUUGCCAGAAACUAUGAAAGAUUACCUUAGAUACAAAGAAUUCAUCAAAGAAAAAUACUAUGUUCGUAAAAAAUUGGACUUGAAAUGUUGCCCUUUUGAAUGCCCAUCUUACUGUGCCAACAAACGCUGCCUCCCAAUUGAGAUAUCUUCUUCAGAGGAAGAUAGUGAAUCCAGCUCAGGGGAGGAAGAACCCAACAAGGGAACUUUCUGCAAGAUCUGCAUGAUAACACAUCCCCCUGACAUGACAGAUAACCUACACCAUCAACCGAUUGGUUACAAUGGUAGGAAGUGACAUCACAUGGCAA